UGGAGCAUGCGCAUGCGACGUGAUGCGAUUGGUCGAAAGCUUUCGUUACGUCAACGCCCGCUACUAAUCAUGCUAAUUGGUGCCGUGUGCAGAAUAUUGCCGCACUCAACGAAAGGACUUGCAAAAACAAUCAGUUCUUCGUUCAUGAUCGGUAUCAUGAGGGAUACAUAGGUCAACCAUGGAAUCAAAGCAGUUGUCUUAAACUUCGCCUAUGCAUCCGAUUUGUGUACCAUGGCUUCGCGCCAAAAGUGAAUUAUCAUCUUUUGCAAGAGUUAGGUCGUCUGCCUCGAAAAGCAAGCUCCUUACGUGACUGCCUCAAUCGGGAUAAGCUGUGAUCACGGAUAUUCAGAGAUAUCCCGGUAAAUAGUGCAGGGUAGCUCUAACACAUUUUCGUGGAUAGAUUUAAAGGCCCGCGUCGCAUCCUGCUUUGUUCAACGAUGGUAUAUAAGGGAAUAGUGUUUUGAAGCGAUCAUAAGCUCAGCUUAAACAGAAGAUAGGAGAGGAAAUGUUGGGCUGACGAAUAUCCAAAUCGGUUUGUCGGAAUGAAUUUGUGAUUUUUACCACAGAUGAAUGUGUAUCCAGUUUAAUCUUGGAAACAGUACUAUGUCCAAGUGGAUUUAUUUGUGAAUUGUUCGCGCGUGUGUGUGCACUGUACAUAGGCCUAUGCAUCAAAAACUACCAUUAUCUUUUGUAAUUGAUCAAUUCAGUUUUAUUUAACGAUUGGGGAAAAUUUAGGAUCUAUUAUAUCAUGAUGUUCAAAAUAGGGAUGUCUUGGCGAUGGUUUACGAGAAGAAAGACCUUGAGGUCUGGUGUUGCUUUUGCGAUGCUCACCACAGUCAUGAUAGUGAGUCUCAUACACUCUCACGGACUUGGAGGCAGGACUGGUGGUAUGAAAGACCGUAACAAGAUCGGGCGAAGAACUGGUGGUAAGGACACUGCAGUGACUUUGGCGGAUGCAUCACGGAAUAUCAUCCAUGUCAGACGAGGGGGUCGAGGGCGUGGUCGGGGCACUGGUAGAGGCGGGGUCGUGAUGGGGAUGCAACGAAAGCUUGAACAACAAGAGAGUCUGUCGUACUAUUUGGGCGGUGAUGCUGGUGAGAGGGGGGAAGACAGCCCCCCUCAGAGGGGCAUGGAUUACUCGAACUCCGAAGAAAGGAGGACGCUGAAGAGUGAUGCGGAGAGGGCGCUCUCCUUAAGACAGCAAGACGACGACGACGGAGAUGGUUUCCCAGGUUACUACGAUGUGAUGGACAUGAGGGAGCUGGAAGAGAGGAUGGAGAAGAAGAGGGAGAGAGUCCGGAAGAGAAAGAAACAAAUCGUUCGCGUGGCGCCACAUGGUCAUGGCGCUGACGUCAUGAAGAAGAUGAAACGAGAGAACGCGCAACCAAAGAAUGCCAAAGAUGCUCAUUCAUCGCUAAAGUUUGAGCCCCCAGGGGCAAACGGGAAACCCGUCCACAUCGCGCCUGAACAUCGGGCAGAAGCAGACGACCUUUUUACGAUAAAUUCGUUCAAUCUCAUGGCCAGCGAUAUGAUCGGUAUCAAUCGAUCACUUCCAGAUGUCAGACCCAAACAGUGCCUAUAUAAACAGUACUCUGCACCACUUUUACGUACGAGUGUCAUCAUUGUAUUUCAUAACGAAGCGUGGAGCGCCCUCUUACGGACAAUUCACAGUGUAAUCAACCGAACGCCACAUUCAUAUCUUGAGGAGAUCAUACUCGUUGACGACGCAAGUAUUCAUGCCCACCUUGGUCAUCAACUCGACUCGCACGUAGCCAGGUUACCUAUUCCAGUUCACGUCGAGCGCAUGGGAGUCAGAUCUGGUUUAAUACGAGCACGCAUGCGCGGUGCCCUUGUAGCUAAGGGUCAAGUAUUGACGUUUCUUGAUUCACAUUGCGAGGCGACGGUUGGCUGGCUGGAACCCCUUCUUGCAAGAAUAGAAGAGGACAGGAGCAAUGUUGUUGCGCCUGUCAUUGACGUCAUUAACGCUCAAAACCUAGCCUACGAAGCUGAUAACCGAACUCCAGCUAUCGGCGUGUUUGAUUGGUCGCUUACGUUCAGAUGGCAGAGUAUUCAAAGACGCGAUCUCCCGAUGUUAAAGAAUGACCCCACCCACCCUGUCCCUUCACCGACAAUGGCGGGCGGGCUCUUUGCUAUCGACCGGAGUUACUUCAUGGAAACGGGAAUGUAUGACCCGGGUUUUGAAAUAUGGGGAGCUGAAAAUUUGGAAAUUUCAUUCAAAACUUGGAUGUGCGGUGGUAGAAUUGAAAUCCUCCCGUGCUCACACGUCGGGCAUAUUUUCCGCAAGCGUGCGCCAUACUCCAACGCGCUCACCGAUUUCAUCAGUUAUAACAACAAACGACUGGCGGAAGUCUGGUUAGACGAGUACAAGGAAUUCUUCUACUUCAUGUCCCCCAAUGCGCUCAAGGUGGAUGCUGGGAACUUCACGGACCGCGUAGAUCUGCGACGUAGGCUUGGAUGCCGGUCGUUUCAGUGGUAUCUUGAGAAUGUUUACCCAGAAGGAGCAUGGCCAGGGAGAAAUAAAAUUUAUGGCGAGGUGCGACACACUGCCACUGACUGGUGCCUUGAUACAGAAGGAGCCACCACACCGGGUACCGACUACAAGAUCGCACAACCUUGUCAAAACACUACCAAUCAGAUCUGGAUGUACACGGAGGAGCAAGAGAUCAAACACGGUUCGUUUUGUCUUGAUUAUGACGUCACGUCGAUGUCAUUGUCGUUGAUGGGAUGUCACCAGAUGGAGGGCAACCAGCUGUGGGAUUAUGUCAGAGAGACUGGCGAAAUAAAGAACGAAGCUCGAGACUGCUUGGGUCUGGUGGUCGAUGAUGACGGUUCAUUCACUCUUAGUGUACAGGGCUGCGAUGGACGAGCCAGUCAACGAUCAUGGCAGUUCCACAUGAAAGAAUGGGACUUCAAGAAACACUUGCGAUGAGGAAAACUGAAGACGAUAAUGCAACGGCAAGAAAACCAUAAAAUACGAGAUUUAUCUCGAGUGGGCGGCCAUCCACGAACUUUCGUGGAUUUUUCGCCAUCGAAAGCAAGCUGAUGAGCGCUUCGCGUUUGUGAUAUAGCAUGGCGACUCAAUGGUGUAAACAUUAUUUCGUCCCUACAUAUUAGGGAGGCCGUGGUCUCAAUUCCCUGGCCGAGUUUAAUAGACCAGUUCGUAGUUACUUCAUGGACAAUUUUGGUCCAAUGACCUUUCAUUACUUUAAUUAUGAUAGGCAGAUUUCAAAGCAAGAUAUUACGCAAGCUUGCCUUACAUAGCAGGAUGAAGAAAUUGAAUAGA